UUACUAUUUAGAUGACAAUUUUGUUAAUACAAUAUUCAUUCAUUAAGGGAAAAGCUACAGUUUUACUAGCAAGUAUAGAUUUUAUACAAUUAUAGAAAAUUGUCGGAUUUUCGUUCUAGACAUGGUAUUAACGAAGGAAUAUCGUAUAUGCAUGCCUCUUACUACGGAAGAGUAUCGCAUAGGACAGCUUUAUAUGAUUGCUAGACAUAGUCAUGAACAAUCUGAUAAUGAUGAAGGUGUUGAAGUGGUUAAAAAUGUAGGAUGUGAGCAUCCAGAGCAUGGAAAAGGUCAAUACACAGAGAAAAGAAUUCAUUUAUCUAGUAAAUUACCAUAUUGGAUUCAGUCAGUCAUUCCAAGAAUAUUCUAUGUUACAGAAAAGGCAUGGAAUUAUUAUCCUUUUACUAUAACAGAAUAUACUUGUUCAUUUAUUCCAAAAUUUCAUAUCUCAAUAAGAACACGAUAUGAAGAUAACAAUGGAUCCACAAGAAAUUGUUUAGGUUUAUCUCCUGCUGAGUUGAUAAGUCGUGAGGUCGAUUUUGUGGACAUUGCAUAUGAUGAACUUUCAGCAAAGCAUUAUAAGGAAGAAGAGGAUCCAAAAUUUUUCCAAUCUCAACGAACUGGUCGUGGACCAUUGGUAGAAGGAUGGAAAGACACCACAAAACCUAUAAUGUGUUCUUACAAAUUAGUCCAUGCUUCCUUUGAAGUUUGGGGUAUGCAAACUCGAGUAGAAGAUUUCAUUCAUAGGUGUAUAAGAGAUAUUUUAUUAUUGGGUCAUCGUCAAGCAUUUGCAUGGAUCGAUGAAUGGUAUGACAUGACACUGGAAGAUGUUCGACAAUAUGAACAGAAGAUGCAAGCUGAAACUAAUGAAAAAGUACGGCUCAGGAAUCAAAACAACGAAAAACCGUUAACACCAACCACACCAACUUCUUCAAUGCCAUCUUCGCCAUUACCCAAAUCUCCUACACAGUCCAAUCGGUCAUGGUUCUCUUGGUCAUAGCUAUAGUAUUAGAGAUAUUAGAUUAGCUGAUAGCCUAUCUAAGGAACGUCAUGAAAAUUGUGCAAAUAAAC